CAUGGACGCCAGCUGUCCGGAUCGUUUACACAGAGCCACGCCUGGCCACCGACACCAAACCGUCAACUCUAGUUGCCUCACAAACAUUUCCUGCAUAGUGUGCUGGUGCCCCUGCACGGAGGGUUACGUGCGCCCGUCAUGGCAACCUAUGGCCUGAGCUCGCUCGAGUUACCUGGCCGGGACGCGCUGUCGCCAGGUCCUUUGUCACCGCCGACCUCGAGCAGCAGGAGCGCCAACCCCGUUUCCUCCAAGGUCACCAGCGUACUUUCGACGUCAUAUGCAGACGCCGAGUUUCGCGACGCGCUCGCCUUGCUGGACCGCCGGGCCCUCGCCAACACUGCCGAGAUUCGGAGGCAGCUGCGCCUGGACGUGCAGAAGGAGGUCAUCGACAGCAAUGGCCAAAUACUGACAGAAUUUGGCCGGGUGGCCGAGCAGCUGCGCAAGAUUGGAAGCACAAUUGACAAGCUCAACAAGAGCUACGAAGAGAUGAAGGGCCAUGUGACCGCGGCUCAGGAGACCACGUCUGCCACGCUCGAGGAGGCGUCCAACCUUGUCAACCAGAGGAAAAAUGUCGAGACUAAGCAGCAACUUCUCCAGGCCUUUCGUCAGCAUUUCGUGCUUACUGAAGACGAGGUUGCAGCACUCACAAUGACAAGUGAACCCGUGGACGACCAAUUUUUCAGCGUCUUGGCCAAGGCCAAACGAAUCCGGAAGGACUGCGAGGUCUUGUUGGGCUUUGAGAACCAGACUCUAGGCCUCGAGAUCAUGGACCAGACCUCAAAGAAUCUCAACCUUGCCUUCCAGAAGCUCUACCGCUGGAUCCAAAAGGAGUUCAAGACGCUCAACCUGGAAAACCCGCAAAUCAGUUCAUCCGUACGUCGCGCUUUGCGAGUACUCGCAGAACGACCGUCCCUUUUUCAGAACUGCUUAGACUUCUUCGCCGAAGCCAGGGAGCAGAUCUUGUCCGACUCAUUCUACCUGGCGCUGAAUGGCACUUCGACAUCAGGCGCGAAAGACCACUCUGUGAAACCCAUCGAUUUGGUAGCUCACGACCCUCUACGAUACGUGGGCGAUAUGCUGGCGUGGACACAUUCAGCUACCGUCAGCGAGAGGGAGGCAUUGGAGGUGCUUUUUGUUUCCGAAGGAAAUGAUAUCGUCCAGGGAAUCAAAGAAGGCCGCGAGAACGAGUUGUGGCGGCUCAUGGCCGAUGAUGAAGACGGCCCACCUGAGUUCGAUGCGAUACAAGCCUUGAACGAUCUCGUAGACAGAGACGUCGCUGGCGCUGCCCGUGUGCUGCGGCAGAGGGUUGAGCAGGUGAUCCAGACAAACGAGGAGUCCAUAUUGGCCUACCGGCUGGCAAACCUCCUCAACUUUUACCGAGUCACUUUCGCCAAACUGCUCGGCAAGCAGUCUGUGCUCCUUGAUAUCAUGGCCAACCUCGAGUCCGAGGCUCUGCGUCAGUUCCGGUCACUUAUGCGCGAUCACCUCGCGACCCUGCAAAGUGACCUGCAGCACACUCCAGCAGAUUUAGGGCCUCCAGAAUUUCUACAGGACAGCUUGAAGCAGCUCACAUCUAUCAUGCAGACGUACGAAACGUCACUAUCCUCGGCGGAAGAUCGAGAAUCCGAUUUUCAGCCAAUCAUGGCUGAGGCAUUCGAGCCUUUCUUGGAAGGCUGCCACAAGAUGGCCAGGAAUAUGCAGGCACCUGGAGAUUCGAUCUUCCUCAUCAACUGCUUGACUGCCGCCAAGCUCACCUUAUCGCCCUUCGACUUUACGGCCAGACGAGUUGCGGCUCUGGAGGAUAUGGUGAACGAGCACAAGAACAAGAUGGUCGAUCAGCAGUACGAGUUCUUCAAGGACGAGUCCUAUCUGGAGCCCCUCCUUACUGCAAUGGCUCCGCUUACAGACUCGCACGAGGACAUUGCCAGGUUGCGCCAGCUCGAUGCUCUGAAGCCGGAAGCGCUCACAUUGGCGAGCCAGAACUUGGACGAUUUCUUGCCGUCGGCCAUCAUGGACGCAAUGGAAAACAUCAAAAGCCUGCAAGACGCCAGGCUGGCGCGGGAAAUCACCGAAGACGCCGCAGAAAGGUUCUGUGUCGACUUUGAGCGCAUCGAGGAGAUGCUCAUCUACGCGGAUGAGCAGCUUAUCCAGUCACGCCAGGGCCAAGACACAAAUGAGGAAGUGCCAGGCUACAGAAGUCUCUUUCCCAGGACAACCGGCGAGAUCAGAGUGCUGCUCUCAUGAAUAGCAACCUCCAAUUAGAGAUUUAAAUCCUUCCUUGGAGGCGUGAAGUUUAGGAUAGACCCUUAUGCCAAUGAACUGGGAAGCGGCGCAUGUCACAUGUUGAGGCUGACCAGUCAGGAGGCUGCGUUGAAGAGUGAUUGUUGAAACACGCGCCAGGGCCCUGGAUUCGGCGCUUAGCAAGACCCCUGGUUGGCCAAACCUGCUGCCGACGGCCUAAAAGGGGUUGGGAGGGUGGUGAUGUGUGUGCUACAUACGCUACCCAACAACGAUAUCGACCGGCUGGAACAAAUCAGAACAAGUCAUCCCGCUGUAAGAUGUCGGUGCACCAUGAUACAUUUGCGAUGAAUUUUCCUGGACUACUU